UGUUUCAGUGGCAUUAAUAAGAAAUCAUUUGUUUUUGUGCUAACAGUGUCGCCUGACUCCACCUUUCCCCUCAUCAUCCUGAUGGCUUGCGUUGAGCUUUUUGACUUCAUCAGAGCACGUCCUGCUAAUCUACCACAAGGAAAGAAACACCUGUCGACGCUGUACCAAGACAUGCGUAUGCUCCUGAAAUUAACAUCCCAACAAAUGAACGCAAAUGAGUUGACUGACUUUGAACAUUCGCUAUCAUCCCUGCCCUCACUGAACUACAGCGUAAAAGACCUGCAUUCACUUGAGGUGAGCAGUACCUUGGCACAGCUGUACUCUGGUCUUAAAUCUUUCAAGUUCCAUCUUGAUUGGGUCCAACGGAAUAGUGACGAAUUGGGGAACGAUUACUCAAAAACAAAGAAGAUUGUUCAUCUUAUCCAAGCUAUCAUCCAGAAGGUGCUCCAAGAGCUCGGACAGACAGCACCCGAGAUCGUCCAUCCCACAUUGCCUCCUCUGGAAACCUUCUGGCAGCUGUACCAGACCAAUGCAGAGAUUCAUAAAAAACUGUUGAUCUUCUGUGACUAUUACACCAGAGCACUUGGAUCCCUGAAGCGCAAACACCCUGAUACACCAUCAUAAGACACCAGUAGCCGUCAGCCAAUCUUUAUGGUGCCAGUAAACAAGAGCUGAGGUAAAAAACAAAACAAAAAAAACAAACAAAAACAAAACAAACUUAAAGCCUCAUGGUCGUAUCGUUUGACUUGCCUUAACAUUUGAAGGGAUGGAUUUUUAUCCUUUUUUUAGUUCCAAUUAACAUUUCCUAUGUAUGUUGUUUUAUACUUAAUUGAUAAGUUAUAUAUGUAAUAUUUAUUGGAGUUUUUUGUUUACAAUGAAGGCUAUUUUAUACAUAGAGUGAAUGAUAAAAAAGCACUUUAUAAAAAUACAGUGUUGUAAAUCAGCUGCAGGCAGUUGCUAGAGAUAACCAAUAGGUGUCGCUAUGAAACAGAUUAUGAGUAGAAUUUAAGGGAUAGUUCACCUCAAAAUGUAAAUAUUGUCAUCGUUUCCUCACCCUUUACGUUUGAGUUUGUAUCUUGUAUUGUACACAACAGAAGAUGUUUUGUGGAAAGCUGUAAACCCGUAACCUGUAAGAAUUUGUUUUUCCUUCACUGGAAGUCAGCGGUUACAGGUUUUAAGCUUGGUUAAUUUUCUUUUGUGUUCAACAGAAAAAACUCAUAAAUCUUUGGAACUACUUGACAAUGAGUAAAUAUUGAAUACAUUUUCAUUUUGGUGUGAAAUAUCCCUUUAAAUGUGACUAACUUUUGUUAAAUGAUAGUCAUUUUAGCAGGAAGUUUUGAAUCAACUUGAAUGGGAUUUGGGUUUAUUUAAAGUUUUGACCACCACUUAAAAAAUAAAUGAAGAAACCACUUAAAAUGUUUCAUUUUCUAUGGAUUUAUAGUUAUGUGUUUGAGGAAUACAUCGUUUUGUGUUUAUUCUGUAAGCUACUGAUGAUAUUUCUUAUGAAUUUAGAAUCAAAUGUUGCCAUUUAGAGCUUAAAUUGCAUAAAAUAAACGCAUUUUUAUAUACAUUUUCUUAAGAAAUCGUUCAAGAAGCAAAUCAAAACUCUUGCUGUUCUUACCUAAGACUAAAACGCUCUUAAUGACAAUAUCGUUGCUUAAAAUUUUGAUGAAAUAUAAUCAGACUUUUAUAGAAUAAAACCAACAUUACAAUUUUACUCAAACCCACACCAAAUAAAUCCAGAUUAACUGAGAAUUACAAGUUAGAUUAGUUUUUUGACUAGUGAAUGAAGUGAUCCAGUAACACAGCCUGCUUGUCAAAACCAUGAUAAAAACUGGGCAUUCAAUAUAAAACCCAUUCCAAAGUUCCAUGAGGGCUAAUGGAUGUUAUUGCUGCUGCACCUUGGGUUUGUGUGAACAGACUGAAAAUACAAUUUAGCUUAAAAUGCACUCAACUGCCUUUAAACCAUAUUAAUUCUCUGUGAUUGCAUGUUUAGUCUAUAAAAAGCAACAUAAGUGCUGUCAUAUUGCAGAGAUGCACUGAAAAAAGAGGCCUUACAACACUUGAAGAUCAUGAACAAAGUCCAUUCAGAAUACAAUAAAUGAAGCUGUCUAAUUAAUCAACAAUCAUUCAUCAGUUUAAUUCAGGUCAAGGAAACUACAUAAAACACUCCAAUCUGAUUUGCAUUUAUAUGAGAUGAUGAGAUGGAUGAUGGAUGUAGAAGUUUUAAUAGGGUCCUGGAUGUUAUUUUAAAUUGUUCAUACUUUUUAUACAUAUUUAUUUUUGUAUUUAUAUCAGUUA